UGGCGUCAAAGGAUCACCGUCGCUUGCUCUACUGAUGCCCAUUAUUAUUGUGCAUUGCCUUAUCUCUUUUUGGAUUUGACCCGCUUAGUGCCUACAAUCACCAUGACCAGAGAGAAGGGCCUGAGGCCCACAUCUCCCAUUCAUGUCCAUGUAGACGACACUCCAGUUCAUGUCCAUGUGAAGAAGGGGAAAAAGAAGAAUUCUCUGACAAAGUCAGCCAGCAACCAGCGCCUUCAAAAGUCCACAGUCUCAUCAAGGGCUCGCGCUCGGAGUGUGAGCCCAACACCUAAGGCUGGACCAUGGGUGCCCGCUCCUGGCAAGGCCACAAAAGGGGGGAGAGUUACCUGGCAGGGCUCAAAUCGAAUGGAAAUUCAGCAUCUGAGGAGUGGGGAUAUGUCCACUGAUGAUGAAGAAAGGGCAGGUGGUGAGACCCGCAGAUAUGAGAAGAAAAUCAGUAACCUCAUGAAUGAAGUUGGCACUCUCAAAAAUGAGGUUGUCCUCCAGAAAGCGCUGCAGGAAAUAGAGCACAAGGAAGACCUCCUAAACACGUCAUCACGGGUCAUCGAGCGACAGGAGGUGGAGCUAGAGAAUGUGGAGGAGGAGCUUGCUGUCACAGAGACGGAGAACAAGCUGCUCCGGCAGAACAUGGAGUGGGCCCAGGAGGAGGCUGAGAUCACAAACACUGAGCUUGUGAUCGCUGAUGCCGGUACCCGCUCCAGCAGAAGCCAGAAAGAUCUACUGAACUACGAGAGAGAAAAACUGAUGAAGAAGCUUAUAGAGGCAGAGAUGGAUGGGCAGGCAGCUGCCCAACAGGUGAGGGAACUCAAGGACCUGGUGCGUCGCUUGAAAGACGAGACGCGUUUAUCGUCGGCUGAUCAAGCUCGCUUGGCCAAACAGAAGGACGUUUUCCUCGAGUCGAUGGCUGACUUUGAAGCGACCAAUCGUACGCUGCGACGUCUGCUGCGAGACCAGCACAGACUCGAGGCCUCGGGGCUACGGCUGAGCGAGCAGAGAGACGUGCUCAUGAGGAAGCUGGCAGAUGCUGAUAUGUCCAAUGAGCGCCUCAGGACCCAGCUCUUAGACUGUGAAGGUCUGAUAGCUGACAUCAGGAACCAGCUGAGAGCCGAAAAGGAGGAGCGGUUGGCACUGAGUAACCUCCAGGGAUCUCUGGAGAGCACGCGCGGCCACCUCCAGAAACAGUUGAGGACCAAGGAGGCUGACUGUAACCGUAUGGCUGUGCAGAUUCGAAGCCUGGAGGGGCAGCUGGCUCAGGACAGGAUGGAGAAAGAACAGCUGCUGGAGACGGUGAACUCAACUCGCGGCCGCGGAGAACGGGACAAGGACGCUCUGAAAAAAGCCGCUCGAGCUCAGAAGGUGCGCGCCGAACGCCUGGAGGAGGAUAUAUCCCGUCUGAACCAACGGCUGGCUGAGCUGGAGCGCGGCAGCAUUGAGAUGACCAGUCACAUGACCACCAGCUCUGUCCGGCUGGAGGCGGUGGGCCAGGAGAAGACAACCCUUCAGUUGGAGAGUCAGAAGCUCAGGACGCGAGUGGCAGAGCUGGAGGCGCUGGUCGACCGUGUGGAGGAGAACGCCAAGGCUCAGAACGAGACGCUGACGUCACGUCUCCACGAGAGGAUGACGGAGAACACCAACCUCAAGCUGGAGGUGGAGAGGCUCAAGAACUCAGUUCUCUCAUGUGAGCACAAGGCACAACAGGCAGAGGAAGACCGGGAGCAGCUGCGCGGGACGGUGCGCCAGUACGAGAAGCUCAUAGAUGAGUACAAGGAGCAGACAAGCCGCACCCGCAGCGAGGCAGACGAGUCGUUUGUGAAACUGGAGGAACAGGCCAGGGAGAAAGAGAGAAUUCAGAGGGAGGGAGAACAAGAGCUGGAGAAGGUAAAGCAACGACUUCACCAGAGACUGCAGGAGUUAGAGCCCCUGCCUGAGCUGCUGCGAGCCACCGAGCUGCGUCUGCACGAGGCCAACGAGAAACUGCUGUCCCUGGAGCGACGCAACUCGGACAGUACCAAGAUCGUCGCAGAACUCACCUCCAAGCUGGAACAUAACUCGGAAAGCCUUGACCAGUUUCGCAGCAAAUGCCAUGACUCUCUCGAUUCCAACCGUAGCCUUCAAUCCCGCUGUGAGGCCUUUGAAAGACGCAUCAAAGAGCUGGAGGAACAGAACCUGGAGCUCCACACGAGCCAGGCCAAGGUACAGGAGACGAUGCACCAGGAGUCUCUUCGACUGGAAGAGAAGACACGUGAAAACUCUAGCCUGACCCGCCAGCUGGAGACAGCACUGUCCGACAACCGCAAGCAACAGGAGCACAGCCGAGACAGAUACUCUUCCAAGGAACGUACGUACCAGAGCCGUAUUGUAGACCUGGAGACACAGCUGAGUCAGCUGAGGGCUGAUGACGCGAGGCUGAAGAGAGAAAAGGAGGAGAACGAGCGCCGGUUCAACUCGCGCCUGUACGACCUGAAGGACCGGCUAGAGCAGUGCCACUCCACGAACCGUUCCAUGCAAAACUAUGUGCAGUUCCUCAAGAACUCCUACUCCAACGUGUUUGGCGAGACGGGCUCCUCCUUCCCCGCCCCUCCCUCCCCGCUGAAGCCUUACCCCUGAACCGAACCACCCCACCCACCCACCAGCAGCGCUGGCCCGUCGUUUUAUACUAUUUAUAUAUUAAAAAAUAUAUAUCUAUAUAUAUAUAUUAUAUUUGUGAAAGUUAGUUCACUUUCGUCACGUAAAACUUCCGAACCGCUUAACUUUUGAAUUUUUGAAAAAAAUAACGGUGGUUCAGAAUUAUUUAAAGGGUACACAGUUAUAUCAAGGAGUCUGAAGUCACUAGUUUAAUUUUCAGUUUUUCAUCAGUUUGGUUUAGAUCUAAUCUUGAGGAAGUCCGUCUUAUAAGACGCCAUUGUAAACAAGUGAGGCUUCCGUUCACAAGAAGUACGCACUGGUUUCCGCAAUGAUCUGACGAUCAAUACGAUCGGGUACCCAGCUAGUAUAUAUAUAUAUAUAUACAAAUUAAGUGAUAAGGCAGACUGUAGCAUGUGUAUUUUUUUCCAGCGAUGUGUACAGUACAGGCUCUUUAGCCUUUCAGUCCGUUGUUGGGGCCAAAGAAAUUGGUUGUAUAAGCUAUAACGAAGCACAUUUUCAUAGUAAUGAUACAUUUGUGCGUGAGAAAAGUGAGAUGAUGUACAGAAAUGAAGAAGGAAUGGCGCCCUCUCGUCACCUGUACUUCUUGUUUCAGAACUAGAUAUAAAGUACCGGUACAAAUAUAUAUAUAUAUACAUAUAUAUGCUCAUGGAUACAGCAGCUUAACUUGUAUCCGUAUGAUUGCUCUUUUCUCAAACAGUAGGCCUAUUUUUGGGGGGACAAUUCCAGAAUGGACAAAAAGGAGCAGUACUUAUAUAUAUAUA